AUGAAAUUUCCAAACUAUAUAUAUUUUGAAAUAAUUAAACACAGCCAAAUCCUUUUAAAACCAAAAUUUGAUUUAGAGUUUAGCUACGACCUUUAUAAUGGCAUUAGACAAAAACACAUGCUUUCAUUAGCAUUGGUAUCAAAAAAAUGGUUUAAAUAUUGUUCAAUAUGUAAAUCAAAGUUAAAUUGUAUAGAAAUUUAUAAAUACAUAUUCAAACAACCAUCAACUCCAAUAAUUUACACAAGAGAAAUUUAUUUUGAUAUUAAUGAUUUCAUAAUAAGAACAAAUAAUAAUAAUAAUAAGAGAAUAAAUGACCAAGGAUAUAGUGAUGAUGAAAUUGAUGAGAAUUAUAUUUUAAAUGAAUCAAUGAUAUCAACGUCACCUCCAAAUUAUAGUUUAGUCGAUUUCAAUAAUAUAACGAUGUUGGAUUUUUGUAACAUAAAUAGAAAUGUUAUGAAAUUAUUAUCAUCACCAAAUAAUUCAAUUUAUUUAUUAAAAUUAUUCAAACAUUUAGAAUAUAUUAGUGAAAAUAUAAAUGUACUAGUAGAACCUGAUCUAUUUUCAAUUUUAUCAAAAUUUAAAUUAAUAUCUAAUCAACAAACAAAUAUAAAAUUACUUUUAAAUUUAUAUGCAAGUGGUUCAUUUUCAUUUAAUACUGAACAGCAACAACAACAACAACAACAACAACAACAACAACAACAACAACAACAACAACAACAAAAUAUUGAUAAAAACAGUAUUAACAACAACAAUACUAAUAGUAAUGAUAAUGUUAAUGAUAGUGAAUAUAAUAGUCAUUUGAUUGUUUAUAAAAAUUUAAAUGUUUAUAAACUUUCAAUAACAACUUUACUGGAUCAUAUUAAUAUAUCAAAUGAUUUAUUGGAGUUAAUUUAUUUAUUGGAUCCAGAAUAUUUAAUUUUCAAUAGUAUAUGUUCUGCACCUUUAAAAUUAAAUUCAACUAAAAAAUUAAUACGACCAGGUAAUUGUUGUUUAUUAGCAUUAAUUGAAGCGUUUAAAUUAAAUAAUUUAAAUCAUUUAGAAUGUGAAUCAUUCUCUGAAUUGUUUUCAUUCAUUGACAAUAGUAAAAACGAUAAUAAUAACGAUAAUAAUAACGAUAAUAAUAAUAAUAAUAAUAAUAAUAAUAAUUUAAUUCAAAAUAAUAUAUUAAUUGAAGAAUUUUCAAUGAUUAUUGAAAAAUUAAAAGAUUCAAUUAUAAAUAAUAAAUCAAUUAAAACAUUAUUAAUUAAAUUUACAAAGGAUAAAACAAAUAAAUUAAUAAAUAAUCACUUGACAAGAGGUUCUUUAAAUUUCAAGUUACCAAUUUUUGUAGUGGAAUUCUUUUCAUCAGUUUUCAAAUACAAUGAAACCAUUACAUCUUUAUCAUUAUCAGGUUUUUAUUUUCUACAAUUUAUACCAAAAUUCUUUGACUCUCUAAUUAAUAAUAAAUCAAUAAGAUCAUUAUCACUAACCAAUGGAUCAUUGGUCAACAGUGAUCAAUUUGAAUCAUUAUAUCAACUUGUAAAAUAUAAUACAAAUAUUAUUCAUUUAAAUAUUCAAAAUAAUAGAAUCACUCUAAAUGAAGAAACCAUUAAACAAUUUAUAAAAUUAAAUUCUUUAAAAACUUUAACACUUUCAAAUAAUACUUUUGAUAAUAUUGUAAUUAAACAUUAUAAUGAAAAUCCAUUAUUAGAAUUAAUAAUUUAA